GGGUGGGGGCGCUGGGCUGAGGUGGCCGUGUAUAAAUAGUGUGCUCUCAAAUACACAGUCACAACAGCAGGAGUGAUCUCACCUCCUCUCCACCCCUUCUAUCUAUCGCUGCUGCCAGCCUCCUAAAAGAGCGUAUCCGUGAGCUGUACACUGGUAUAUAGAGACGGUAUAUGCUGAGAAUUCACGGUGGAUUUCCCUGAGCAGGAGCACUACUGAGCGACAGAGCUGACCAUGGAAGAACUUACGGCAUUCGUGUCGAAAUCGUUCGAUCAGAAAACCAAGGAGAGCAGCAAAGAGAGUAUCACGUACAGGGAAGUUUUGGAGAGCGGCUUGACAAGGGCGAGGGAGCUGGGCAGCCCGGAGACAAACCUGCAGGACAUUACGGAGAGCAACCACUGCCCGGUGCAUCUGUUCAAGGACCACGUCGAGCUGGAGAAGGAGAAACUGAAGGACUUUAAUGUUACGAGGGCGACAGAGGGGAUAUAUGAGUGUAAGGAGAAAAAGGAGGACGUGAAGUCCGAGGAUGAAGAUGCACAGGGCAAACUGAAGCAGCGGAGGAGUCGCACUAACUUCACCCUGGAGCAGCUCAACGAGCUGGAGCGGCUCUUCGACGAGACGCAUUACCCGGACGCCUUCAUGAGAGAGGAGCUGAGCCAGAGGCUGGGACUGUCCGAGGCCAGAGUGCAGGUUUGGUUUCAGAACAGGAGAGCAAAAUGUCGAAAACAAGAAAACCAGAUGCACAAAGGUGUUAUUCUGGGCAGCGGCAGUCCCCUUGACGCAUGCAGAGUAGCACCCUAUGUCAAUAUGGGCGCCCUCCGGAUGCCCUUCCAACAGGUCCAAGCACAGCUCCAGUUGGAAGGGGUCACCCACUCUGCCCACUCCCACCCCCACCUGCACCCUCACCUGGCCGCACGCGCCCUACCUGAUGUUCCCGCCCCCUCCUUUCGGACUACCAAUCGCAUCUCUGGCCGACUCGGCCUCGGCGGCGGCGGCAGUGGCAGCAGCCGCCAAAAGCAACAGCAAGAACUCGAGCAUCGCCGACCUGCGACUCAAGGCAGGACUUCUGCGGGGCCAGUGGCUCAGUCCACUCCAGGCACAGAUCACAUCCCAAGGACCGUACAAACACAUGUGGAUGUCUGUCUGAGGGCCAGGCCCGGGGCCCGUCAGACCAGAAGAUGUUAGAACAAAGCAAACUGGCAGGCAGCAGCAGGGCCAAAAGCAGAGCCUCGCUGACGCUGGCUGCCGCCAUGUUGACAAUGCAAAGGGUUGAGCUUGUGGGGGGGAAAACAGACCCAAACAUCACCUCACCGAGGCAUUGGAACGGCUCUCACCUUCACCCCCCUCCCCAAUCCCCCCUCCCUCCCCUCGUGCCCCGCUCCUCACUAGAGAAAAGAAAGAAGAAAACAUUUAAAGAACAAAAAAAAAGGCCAUAUUUGUCUCCAACCACUGUGUUCCCUGCUGCUGCCAAGUGCAUGAGCUCUAAUGGAGGACCGUUACUGGGACUGGUUUCCAUCCGCACCUGACAUUAACACUCGACAGCUGUUUUAAACACUGCCAUCCAACAUGCCCCCCCGACACCUUCAAAGUCAAAGGCCUCCAUUAGAGUCUGAUACCCUUCUUCUGAUGGACUUAUGCUCUAACAAAAGCAACAAAUCCGUUUUUUUCCUCCCUCUUUUUGUUGUUGUUAGUCGCAGAGUGGAGAGACGUUGCUCUGUGUUGUCGGGCAUGUGUUGGCGAGACUUUUGGUUUGCAUUUCUCUCUCAAAGUGUGCUCUAUCUAUCUCGCUCUCGCUCUGUCUCUAUUAUUUUCUUUCCUUUCUGUUUGUUGUGUUGUAUUUUUGGGUAAAGAAGUGAAGAUCGCCUUUGCACUUCAGGUCUCGCACGUGGGUGUUUACAAAUGGCACUACAAGCAGAUACUACUUUAUUAAUUAAAGGGGGGAGCUGGGUUUGAUAUCGUCACGCGAUCAGCAAAAAGAACAAUUAUCUUAGAUAAAGGGUAUAAAUGGGAUUUUCUUUUUUCCUCCUUUCUUCUUUUGUAAUUCUGAAAAAAUAUGAAGAAAGCAUCAGUCAAACUGAAAUGCAAUGGUGUGCAGUUUAAGUGCAAUACUGUAAAUAGCAAAAAAAGAAAAAAAGAAGUAAAAACAGCUAGCAGUUAGUCCUCAAUGAUAAAGAGACCCAAUGACUUUAUUUUAUUUUUAUUUUUUUCAUGCACUGUUGGAGUGCUCAGUUUAUUUGCCAAACCCACCAGUUUUUCUACGGCAGUGUAUAUUUUGUUUAGUUUGAGAAAACCCCCUUAAAGACCAGGUGCCAUAUCCCUACAUAACCUAUGUAUUCAGACAAUUUUCUAUACAUCAGGCACAGCUUUUAUGAGGAAAGACAUGAGCACAUUUUUGGAUUCAGCAGAAAUUAAGGUACAUGAAAAGAAGCCCUCUUAACUACUCCACCAACGGUCGAAGAAAUCCCUUUUGCUUUUUGCAUUUUUAGGAAAAAGUGUUUUAUCAGCAAAUCAGCACCCUAACCCAAACCGAGCAGUUGUUUAUGAUACGAUUAGUUUAAUUUUGCAUGUUGUAUGUGAUUUUUUUUGUCUUUUUCAUCCUUAAUUUCCAAAUAAAUUCAACGUGUAUUUUACAAAUUGUUCCAGAAAAAACAUUGGGAUGAAAUUCCGUUUAUUUUGACAACCUUUUAAACACUGCUGUCAGACCUGCGCUAAAUAUGUGGAUCCACUUCAGGUCCACGUGACCUCGAACAGUCUCCAAACAACAUGUUCUGUCUUACCAGACCUCCAUUUAGAAAUGUUUAUUAAUGUCUCCAUUUUAAAUUAAGCAUAUGGGUGUUUUAUUUAUUAUUUUGUCUGAAAGUUUAUGAAAGAUUAAAUAGUUGAACUACAAGUGUACAUUUUUACAUGGCUUUGCAUUUAUUUUUGUAUGUUUUUAUUAAGUGUUUCAUUUUGAAUUGGGGGGUGGCGUGGGGGGUGUGGCUGUAGUAAGUUGUUUGCCUAAAAAAAAAAAAAAAAAAAAAAAAAAAAAAAAUGUAGCGUGUCCGAGUUUACAAACAUUUCAGGGACGGUUGAAUUUAACAAUCCAUGGAAUUUGUUGUACCCAUUAAAAUGAUUACCAUUUCAUAUGCAAGCAUGCCUAAACAUGGAUCAUCGUACAGUUUGUUUUUUUCCCCUUUUGAGUCACAAAAUAUGAAUGUACAUCUUGUACAAGUAAACUAUCAAUAAAGUUAUAAAUAUUUGUACACGACUUUUAAAAAAUACUGUUCAAACUUGUUAAACUGCACGAAAAACCCGCGGUUUUGUACAUGAGCUAAUCCUCCUGGGGAGUGUAAGUGUAAUUUUUCUUAUACGCUCGACAAACGAACAGCACUGCAGUCUUUGGAAAUUACUUGGAUACACAGUGGUAACCACGUUUCCAAGAUAAUAACAGCAGCCCACGACUAAUCCCCUCUCCCAGUGUUCGGGGUAUUUGCGUCACGCUCUCUUCGUGCCUCACAUCAUGUUGCGGCUGAUCCUCAACAACAGUCUCAAUCUGCGGAUCAAUAUCAAUAUCGGUCUACAGUUGACAUUCACGCAGACUCCGUGUUAGCCGGUCCAGCUCUUCCCAUCCGAUCUGUGCCACACACCAGCGGAGAAAAUUGAGCUGCUAUAAAAUCCAGAUGCAGCCCUUUUUUUUUUCUGGAGCCUCUUGCGCGGCACAUCUCUCUCGCAGUGUUUGUCAAAAUGACACGGAUAAGAUUGGUAUGGAAAGUGGGGGGCAGAACAGUCGUCAAAUAGAAGCAAGAUGGCUGUAACUGGAGUGGGAAGCCUGGGAAAAUAGCAGGCGAGCAAAGAGAUGCAAGGGUUACUGUACAUCUGACAAGUGAUGUCCUCUGACCCGUGUGCUCAGAGAAGAUGUUUUGUUCGUGUUUUGAGCACAUCACUUGAGAAGAUCGAGAGUUUCUACACGUUUGUCAGCAUUUCAAGUCAGUCCCUCCACUUGUCUUACCCACACAUACUAAAUUUUGCACUUUAAAAUGGUCAGCGGCUUGUUUUUUCUCAGUGUAUUAGCCUCCUCUGGGAGCCUAAUUCCAGAUGUGUGUAUACAAAGUAAUUACACCAUGUGCUAUAGUGGCUUAUUGUUUGAACCCCAUACAGGAAUUAUCCCAAAUGGCGUCCUGUUGAGUGCGGUACCCCCUAGAAGGUCGCCGCACGUUUAAUUUGUACCUCUUUGCUCAUACAUCAAGAUUGAGUGAUAUGGUCGCAGACUGAUGGCUCCAUAUUUACCCAGUGACCCCUCUGGCUGAGGCCAGGUCUGGAAAUAACAGCAUCCUUUUAUGUGUACUAAUAA